GUUUGCCAUGUCAAAGCUGGCAGCUCUUGUCGUCCCGAAAGAGGCGAUCUUACUACGAGUCGCUGUGCUCCACUGCCACUGCUUGCAGUGUUUUGGAAGUCUCGCGGCUGUGAUGAAAACACUUCUCACACUAUGGCGCACUGCCUUCUCAUAAUAGCCCUUUCCCUUAAGUGACGGGGCCCUCUGCAAGUAGCUUGAGCUUGAACGCCUAUCAUCCCUGCAGCCUCCAUGCCCAUCCUCAGCUUCGUAACUCCUGCGUAUGCCAAGGGAGGACUAUGUUUCGCACUUGCGCGUAAAGACAGUCUUAAUCGCAAUCAGUACAUGCUCGUGUUUGCCAGGCCAUAUGGCAUGGCCUACGACCGCAGAGGCCCUACUCUCAAUUGUGCCGCUUCGUCCAACGAAGCAGACGCGCCUGGCCUAUCUUCCUCCGGGCAUCCGAUGAUAUGUUUCGACUGCGACAUCGAUCUCAACCCUCUAAGGCCUGAGCCCAAGGGCAUGUUGAACGCGUUGCUUCAAGCGGAGCCACCGGUGAUACGUCCAACCGGACGCACACGCAAGAUGGUCGAUAAGUCGGGCGGCGUGGAGCUGGUACAUGAAGUCGAGAUCCUAGUAGAUGAAGACGGGCUUUCACAUCGAUGCAACAAAGACUCCACUCGGCCUCAGUACUUGUGUCCAACGUGUGAGGAGCAGUCCAGGCUCACGAGGGCUUUCCGAUGGGUGUUGAGACGUUAUUGGUUGGGCGGAUUGGAGUAGACUGAUACCGCGAAAUAAGUAUGACAGCUUAUGAUCAGAAACGGGGAAACGACAUCUGUGCAAAUAGGAUGA